AUGGCCGAGUCCCUGGAUUCGCCUGAUGAGGUUCUGGAGCUCUGCCUGUAUGGCAGGCCGCCCCUCCCUGUCCCAGGAUUUUCCCGCGCUAAAAGCCCCCAUCUCCAGCUGCGCCUGCCCGUGCUCUACAAGCAUCGCAAUCCCUCAACCAGCUCCACGGAGCCCGACAGCGCCUCAGGGUCGUAUUCUGACGAUCAGGAGGACGAGGAGGACUACUGCAAGGGCGGGUACCACCGCGUGCACAUCGGCGAGACCUUCAAGGAUGGUCGCUACGAGGUGCUGCACAAGCUGGGCUGGGGCCACUUCUCUACGGUGUGGAUGGUGCGCGACACCCACACCGGCGGCCUGGGCGCGCUCAAGGUGGUGAAGUCGGCGCCGCACUAUGCCGAGGCGGCGCGUGACGAGAUCACGCUGCUGCGCCAGAUCCGGGAGUCGGACCCAGCCGACGCCUGCUGCUGCGCGCGCCUGCUGGACUCCUUCGAUCACGUGGGCCCGCAUGGGCGCCACGUCUGCAUGCUGUUCGAGGUGCUGGGCGACAACCUGCUGACCCUCAUCCGCCUAUACGACCACCGCGGCAUCCCGCUGCCCGUGGUGCGCGCGCUGACGCGGCAGGUGCUGGUGGCGCUGGACCACAUGCACAGCGGGCCGGGCAUAAUCCACACCGACAUGAAGCCGGAGAACAUUGCGGGGCUGGUCGCUGCGGGAGUGCCGCUGACGCGCGCGCAGAAGAAGAACCUGAAGAAGAAGCAGGGGCGGGGGCCCGGCGCAGAGGCCGAGAGCGAGGGGGAGGAGGAGGAGGAGGCGGCCGGGGCGCAGACCUCCGGCUGGGGGGAUGCGGCGCGCCAGGCGAGCGACGGCGACGCGCAGACCAGGGGCGACGCCGGCGCGCAGGCCGGGGCCGCCGACGCCAAGGCCCGGCCCUCCUCCCCGGGCGUGGACCUGCGGGCUCUGGAGCAGCGGCUGCUGACCAUGCCCGCCAAGGUCGUGGACUUUGGCAAUGCCUGCUGGGUGCACAAGCACUUCACGGACGACAUCCAGACGCGGCAGUACCGAUCGCCCGAGGUCAUUCUCGGGGGGGGGUACGACACCUCGGCCGACAUCUGGUCGCUGGCCUGCAUGGUGUUUGAGCUGGCGACCGGGGACUUUUUAUUCGAGCCCAAGCAGGGCCAUGGGUACACGCGGGACGAAGACCACCUGGCACAGAUGAUAGAGCUGCUGGAUCGCAUGCCACGCGCUGUGGCCCUGGGCGGCAAGCGCUCCCGCGAGUUCUUCACCGAGGGACGGGCCGCCUGCCGCCACAUCCACCGGCUCAACCACUGGCCGCGUGGACCGGGUGGCUGCGGGAGAAGUACCACCUCCCGCGCGAGGAUAGUCUCUGCUGCCCUGGCUCUCCGCGACUUCUUGCUGCCCAUGCUCGCAUACGUGCCCAGCAAGAGGGCCACCGCCGCCCAGAUGCUGCAGCACCCUUGGCUGGCGGGGGUGGGCGAGUGCGAGGCCAGCACAGGCCCGGGGCCUGUGGAGCCCCCGCGCGACGACGGCCGGCGCCCCAACCCCUCCCGGGGCAGCAGGUCGCCCAAGCGCACGCGCUCCCCGUCCUCGGCGGACAGGCGCCACGGCAGCAGCCAGCAGUGCACCUCGCCGGCCAAGCGCAGCGCGCAGGAGAACGGCGGCGGCGCGGCGGGGGAUGCCGCCUCCUCCGUGACCCUCGCCGAGCAGAAGCUGGGGGCCAUCCACCUGUCCUCGGUCGAGGCCACGGCGUGA